CCUUAUCUUCGUCAUUGCAAAACCCGGCAUCGCAUAGGGUAUUCAAAACACGCUACAAGAUUGACACACGCAGAGCCCAUACAGUCCACCACAACCCCGCUCUUUCCUACAGGGUCAAGAGAGUGCAUUCUGCCAGAAUCCUCCUGCAGAAUCGACUAAGGACAACAUCAGAAAGGCACUGGAGGGGGCGAAGCAUGAGAUGGAUAGGCGGAGCACUAUACAGAGUCUCAGCCAAUAAGCUCUCUCGCACUCAAACCACCUGCACACCUAACAGUAGACCAGGAGAAUGGUAUAAUCCAUAUGUUUCCUCGACUGGUAAUCAGGGAAGAACAUCAGCCACACGUUACGUAGCCAAUCGUGCUGUGCAGAAGAGUUUAGCUAUAAUACGACAGGCCAGACAGAAGAAACAGAAGGCCAAGCAGUACUGCAUGUACUAUAACCGAUUUGGCAAGUGCAACCAUGGUGACUCUUGCCCCUACAUCCAUGACCCUGACAAAGUGGCCGUCUGCACCAGGUUUCUCCGAGGCACAUGUAAGCAGACAGAUGGGACUUGUCCUUUCUCACAUAAAGUAGCCAAAGAGAAGAUGCCUGUGUGCUCGUACUUUCUGAAGGGGAUCUGUAAUAACAGUAGCUGUCCCUACAGCCAUGUUUAUGUGUCUCGCAAAGCUGAUGUGUGCAAAGACUUUGUCCGAGGCUACUGCCCUCAGGGAGAUAAGUGUAAGAAGAAACACACGCUGGUGUGUCCAGACUUCUCCAGUACCGGCGUGUGUCCACGUGGAUCCAAAUGCAAGCUGCACCACAGACAGAGCUCGAAACGCUCCGGCUCUAACGCAAGCUUUGGACCGACCAAGAAAGCCCAUACUAGAGACAUUUUAAAAAGUUCAGAGGAAGUUCAGGCACAAUCUACUGAGUCCAUACAGGCAGAUGAGGGCUCGUCCUGCUCGGGUCCUGAGAAGCUGCCUUCCUUCAUCUCCUUGUCCAGCUCUCCUGACAUGUCAGAGAACCCUGAUACCCCAAAGGUGCCCCCUGCAGCAGGCCCACAGGCCAAAGGAAAGCCACUACAUAUCAAGCCACGAUUCUUAUAUACAACACAGACAGAAAGCUUGCCAAAGGAGGGCUGAUGGUGGGUGUUUUAAUUGGUAAUAAACUUUGAAACAUUUUAACUUGAUUUUUACUUUAAUAAUAUACAGAAUAAAUUCUGCUAAACUGUUACAAAAUGGUUUACAAAGACAUCUUCUUUACUUGAGACGUUCACAGCUACUUUUUGGUGUAAAUUCACGUUUGGUUUCAGGAAUUUCGAAAUGCAAUUCUAAGAAUUGAUUAAACAUUUCUCGGAAUAUGUUCAUAAACUGUCACUACUACAGAACUGAAUUUAUGCAUUAUAAUCAAAUACUAUUCUGAAAAAAUGCAGACGUUCACAGUGAGUUCGUUUCAAAAUGUAUAUGUAUAUGUAAUUCUCAGGGAUUUUUAAAAUGGCAUUUCUGUAGUGGUUUGUUAUGCAAAGAAAUUGUAUUAUUUCAAAUGCGAGCUUGUGAAAAUGUCUU